AUGAUCUCGAGACAUUUCAAUGAUUUGCUCUUUCUUUUCACACAGAAGUUCAAGAUGACAUUCAUUCAAGCCGCAGAUGCCAUUAUCACCGACAGGGGUGGGGUUGUCGAAAACCGUCACUGGGUUCACGCUGCCAUCGUGGAUUCCACCGGCAAACUUCUCUUCUCUGUCGGAGACCCAACAAGAAUGACAUUAGCAAGAUCUGCUGCAAAGCCUAUUCAAACACUGGCAAUUCUGGAAACCCCUGGAUUCGACAACUUCAACUUUGAAGAUGCAGACUUGGCAUUGAUGUGCGCUUCACACAGUAGCGAGGAGCAGCACAUCUCCCGCGCUCGAUCAAUGCUGGUCAAAGCAAAUGCAACCGAGGCCGAUAUGAGAUGCGGACCGCACCCACCCCUUUCCGAAAGCGUGAAUCGGGCUUGGAUCAAAGGCGAUCACACACCUUCUGCGAUAUGCAGUAAUUGCUCAGGCAAGCAUGUGGGCAUGCUUGCUGGGGCUAAGGCACUUGGGGCCGGUAUAGAAGAGUACCACCUUCCAAGUCACCCAAUUCAAUCACAGGUUCGGCGCGUCUUUGAAGAGCUCUGCUAUCCAGACGAGAAGAACGUCCCCUGGGGCCUUGAUGGUUGCAAUCUCCCAGCCCCCGCCACAUCUCUUCGUCUACUGGGCAAGCUCUACGCGACAGUCGCUGCUUCCGUCGACCAUACCAGUAAAGAUGGCCACGACCAAGACGCAGCCACCCAACUCCGCACUCGCUCAUUGAGUCGGAUUUUCAACGCCAUGGGACAAUUUCCCGAGCUUGUCGCUGGUGAAGGCAGAUUCUGUACCGAGCUCAUGCGCGCAUUCCCCGGGCAGCUUAUCGGCAAGCUUGGCGCUGAUGGCUGUUAUGGAAUUGGUAUUCGGGAGUCGGAGCAGACUCGGAAUCUGGGAGCGAACGGUGCUCUUGGCAUUGCGGUCAAAAUUGAGGAUGGAAAUAUUAGCAUGCUAUAUGCUGCCGUUACUGAGAUCUUGAGGCGAUUGCAGAUUGGGACACCGAAGAGCCACCAGGCCCUGGAGAAUUUCCAUUCCCCGAAAAUUUGCAACACCGUUGGGGUUGUCACUGGUCAUGUAUCACAUUCGUUCCGCCUGCAUCCUGCAUUGUGA